GUCGGUGAGAAGAGAAAAUGAAAAAAAAUAAAAAAGAGAGGAAAACCGUCGGAUCUUAAUGGACGGCAGAUCAACGCAUCACAUUCGGACGGGGGCAACGGUAAACCAAACUCUCGCGCACCCGCUCCUCCACCGCUUCUUCCUCCUUAUCCAAAUCUCGGUCUCCCUCCUCGCUCCGCCGCCUCCACCUGGGCGGCGGCUAUGGGCGCCGCUGGCCUCCCGGCACCGAUUUAUACUAAACAUAUCCAACUGUGGAAUCCAUAAGGAACUCAGUUUUCGCUGCUUUGCUUCUGAUGGGAGUGGUUUUGGAGCUGGUUCUACCAACAGACGGAAAAUUAAAAGCAAGAAGAGGCGAAAGGAUGUUGCACAGGAACCAAGCAAGGUAAUAUCCGGAGGUUCCAAGAAUAAGGACCAAUGGGCACCGGAAUUAGGGGUUGGAAGGGAAAGUAAAGCUGCCAAAACUGCCAUGGAUAAGCAAUUUCUGGAAAAAGUGGAAGCUGUUCGAAGAUCUGCACUUGAGAAAAAGCAAGCUGAUGAGAACAAAAAUUAUCAAGCUAUUGAUUAUGAUGCCCCAAUUGAAUCAGAUAAGAGCACGAUUGGCUUUGGUACGAGGGUUGGAAUUGGCAUAGCUGUCGUGGUCUUUGGACUAGUCUUCGCUUUUGGGGAUUUCCUUCCAUAUGGAAGUGUUAGCCCCAGCAAGCAAAGCACUGUAGUUAACAAAAAACUUUCUGAGGAGGAAAAGCAAACUUUUAAGACAGAACUAGAAGGUUUUGAAGCAACCCUGCGCACAGCACCUAAUGAUCCUACUGCUCUUGAGGGUGCGGCAGUAUCAUUGGUUGAACUUGGUGAAUAUCAGAAGGCUUCAGAUUUCCUUGAGAAGCUUGUUAAGGUGAUCCCUGACAAAGCUGAAGCAUAUCGUUUGUUGGGUGAAGUAAAGUUUGAACUUGAGGAUUAUGAUGGGAGUUCUUCAUCAUAUAGAAAAUCGUUAUUUGCAUCAGAAAAUAUCGAUUUUGAAGUUUUACGUGGUCUGACUAAUGCACUACUUGCUGCUAAGAAACCAGAUCAGGCAGUAGAUGUAAUUCUAUCUUGCCGUCAAAAGUUGAAUGAGAAAAGUCAAACAAAAAUUGCAAAUUUGGUGGCCGCGAAUGCUGAUGGUGCUCCAAAGUCUCAAGAUAUUGACCCUAUCCAAGUUGAUCUGCUUUUAGGAAAGGCUUAUUCUGAUUGGGGCCAUAUCAGUGAUGCUGUUUCUGUUUAUGAAAAUCUGAUCACUGAACAUCCUGAAGACUUCCGUGGUUAUUUGGCUAAGGGAAUCAUAUUAAAGGAAAAUGGCAAAUCAGGUGAAGCAGAGAGAAUGUUCAUUCAGGCAAAAUUUUUUGCUCCUGAGGCAGCUAAGGCGCUAGUUGAUCGAUAUGCACAAAGGUAGCGAGAAACACAACAGGGAAAAUACCAAUUGCUCAAAAUUUUCACUACUUUUUGUAUUGAUAGCAUCUCAGUCCUUCAGGAAUUUUAUGUAUUGUGUCAAUUCAUACAUCCAGCAUGACAAACACAGACAUGGUCAACAGUACUUAGAUCAAGGCGGUUAUAGACUUGUGUAUAGAGACCAGCCUUUAAAACUCUGUUUAUUGAUUAUAGCAAAUUUAUAGGAAUUUUUGGAAGUUCGUAUUCACUUAUUGCUGAAUUGAUUUCAUAUUGAAAAACACGACGACUUUCCGAUAGAUCUAAUUAAACCCCAAAAGAAAUAAAUUUUCAA